CUUCUGAUAAUGGUUGUAAUUUUUUAAGAGCUAUAAAGCUCCUGCAACCUGAAACUGAUUAUGAUAUAAGGAGUGAAUCAGCAGAUGAGGAAAAUAUGGAUGUAAAUGUAUAUAAAUAUGAUAUUGAUGAUAUACAAAAUACUUUUUUAUCAACUAUUAUAUCCUAUCCGAUUUAUAGUGUACGGUGUGCACACACUUCAGCUGGCACUUCAAGUUGCUAUAAAAUUAUCACCUAUUGUGGAAACCAUUGCAAAAGCUAGGAGCCUAAAUUUAAAAUUAAGACAUCCCACUUACCAAAAGUUAUUAAAAAAAUAUGAAACUCCCUAAGCCUGUGUUAGAUUGCCACAGAUGGCAUUCAACCCAUGAUAUGUUAGAAAGGCUGAUUUUACUAAAACCCAAUAUCGAAGAUUUUUUUACAGAGCAAUCUGAUUAUUUAUUGACUGAAGAUUGGAAAGAGAUAAUAACGAUUGUUGAAAUUUUAAAACCGCUAAAAAUCGCAACCAAACAAUUCCAAUCUGAACAGUUAACACUGACAGAUUUUUAUGCAGCAUGGUUAAGAUGCUGCAUCGAACUGGAAAAAAAUCCAAACCAUUUUGCUCAAUUACUAUAUUCUUGUCUUAAGAACAGAGAAGAAAGGUUUAUAAAGAACGAAAUUCUCUUAGCUGCCAUAUACCUGGGCCCAAGAUACAAGGUAUUACUUAGUGAUGAUGAUAAGAUUUGUGCGAAAAAACAUCUUGUCAAUUUAUGGAGACGAAUUAAAAGCUUAACAACGCCAAUUUUAUCUGAUGAUAUUAGUUCCGAUGAAGUUAUUGAACAAGAAGAUGAUUUAGAGAAAUUGAUACAACUUAAAGAAAGGCAGGAGAAAAUACUUAAAAGAGGGCCAACGAUUGCUGAGAAAAGUAUUGGAACAAUAAUUACUGGAUUUAGCGAUUAUAUAAGAUUAGAUAAGAAGGAAAAUAUUUUGCAUUUUUGGGAGUCUGCUAAGCUGGAACACCCUGAAUUAUAUAUUUUAUCUAAAAUCUUAUUUGCUGUUCCUGCAACCCAAGUUAGCGUUGAAAGAUCUUUUUCACAUUUGAAAUUCAUUCUUUCACCACAUAGAUCGAGGAUGAGUGAACAACUCUUAGAUAUUGUGCUAAUACGUCUAAAUAAAAUUUUUAAAAUUGAUACAUGA